AUGGCCUCUGUCAAUCUGACCAUCAAGCCCGUCCAGGCGCCUGCUGGCGCCAACGCGGGCGAGUUUCAGGUGAGCAUUGACACGACAGCUACCGUAGAGGAGCUGAAGGAGAAGGUUUCCGCACAAGUCAACAUCCCAGCGAAGAACAUUCGGCUGGUGUGCGUCGGCCGCAUCUGGCAGGACACCCAGACCGUCGGGUCUUACGAGCCGAAAGACGGAGUCGUGGUGCACUGUCUAAACAAUCCGCAGAGGGAGGCCCCUCCAGCCGCCAGCCAGUCCUUAGCACCGGCGAACCCCAUGGCGCAGAUGAUGGGCGCAGCACCCGCGCCGCAGGCCAACUCAGGUGAUCCUUUCUCCCAGAUGAUGGCGCAGACUCAACAGCAGAUGAUGCAGAAUCCAGAGAUGAUGCAGCAGCUGAUGAACUCGCCCAUGGUUCAGCAGAUGAUGAGCAACCCGGAGGUUUUGAGGACGAUGGUUCGCAUGAACCCGCAGCUCAACGAGCUCAUGGAGCAGCGACCGGAGAUCGCCAGAAUGCUGGAAGAUCCGGAGUUGCUCCAGCAGUCCAUGCGCAUGGUUGCCAAUCCAUCGCUGAUGCGAGAAAUGACGAGGAAUGCAGAUCGCGCCCUGGGCCAGCUCGACGCCAUGCCGGGCGGUCACAACGCGCUGGUGCGAGCUCACGAGGAGUUUGCAGACCCGCUCUUUGAGGCUAUGUCAGGAGGAGGCAGCACCGCCAGCGGCGGGAACGCGACGGCGGUCGACUACUCGCAAGACACUAGCUCUGGACCUAGCAGUGAGGCGCUGCCCAACCCUUGGGGCCCGGCGCCGACCGCGAACACCCCCGCGGCCACCCCUGCGCCAGCUGCAGCCACCAACCCGGCAGGCGGCAUGGCCGGGUUAGGCGCCUUGGGCGCGCCAGGCGCCCUAGGUGCGCCAGGUGCCUUGGGCGGUGGUCUUGGUGGCAUGGGUGGCCUAGGUGGCAUGGGCGGCUUUGGGGGUUUGGGUGGCUUGGGGGGUUUGGGCGCCCUGGGUGGCAUGGGUGGCAUGGCCGGUUCGGGGGCUCCUGGUGGCAUGACCAGCCCAGCCCAAGCACCGACAGCUGGCACGACCGCGCCGGGAACGGCCGGUGCGACGGCGCCGGGAGCGGGCACGGCCGGACCUCCCAUGAACAUGAUGCAGCAGAUGAUGAGCAAUCCUGCUCUGAUGUCCAUGAUGAUGAAUCCGGCCAUGAACCCGUUUGCCGGAGGCAGCUACGGUGCGGGAGCACCCCUGGCGCAAGCGGCCACACAACCCCCGGAGCUUCAGAGAGCGCGGUUCGCGUCGCAGCUGACGCAGCUCUCUGCCAUGGGCUUCACGAACGAGGCUGCUUGCCUGAGAGCCUUGGCGCAGCACGAGGGCCGCGUGGACGCGGCCAUCGAUACCCUGCUCUCCGGUGACGGCAACCCCUAA